UGCGAGGGAAAGGCGUGGCUUCGGCUGCAAUCAGUAGUAGCGCCCGCUCACUUUGGUGUAGGGGAAUUUGAAUGGUGGCUGUGGUCUUGUGGUGUUGGCCGCGGUCGGCGGACUCGGUACUGACGAGCUGACUGAGGACAUCUGCAGCGCCAUUUCUCCGCUCGCUAGUUUGGCGGAGGCGUUUACGUCACGGUGUGCACGGCGGACAUCUUCACGUCACUGAGAGCAUUGGUGCGGGGCGGCUAUCAUACAGAGAAGACAAGCACAUGCAAUUAUAACAAGCUGGAUUAUUAAGUAAAACCUGAGACCAUGACAAGUGAAGCAGGUACAGAUAUUGAAGUAAACGGUUCUGAAAAGGCUGAGAUACCAAAUGACCAAUCGGGGACUCCAAACGAGCAGGACCAGCAGCCCGCAGAAAUCCAAGAGGUUGCUGACAGCUCUGUCAAUGAUAACCCUGGAGAGGCAGAGCAAGGGAACGUAACAGAAUCCCCAGGUUCCCCAACCAGCCCUGGAGAGAGGAGUCCAGGGGAAACAGAAAAAAGGAGGCACAUGAAAGCAAAGGGUUUUUCCCGAUUCCUGCCGCCAUGGCUCAGGAAGCAAAAAUCUCAAAGCCAAAUGGAGCCUAAAGAGGAGAGUACAGACAACAUGGAUGGUUCGGCUGAGGGAACACAGGAAAGAGAAGAUGAAGUGAAUAAUAUAGAUGAGACAUCAGCAGAAGGUCAGCCAGCAGAAAACCAAGUGGCUGAGGAAGAUAGUCCUGCCAAGAAAGCUGAUGCAGAGUUACAGGUAUCUACAGAGGAGAACAAAGAGCCAGAAACGCAAAAACUCGAUGAAAAAGGGGAUAAACAAGAAGAUGAAAAAGAAAUAAAGGAGAAGCUUCCAUCUGACACUAAGAAGGAGCUCCCCUUUAAAUCCCCGAAAAAAGUAAAGACUGUGCCAUGUAAAGUGAUUAUGUUGGAUAAAACGGAAUACAGCUGUGGAAUAGAGAAACGUGCAAAAGGCCAGUCAUUAUUUGCGAAGGUCUGUGAACAUCUCAACCUACUGGAAACUGACUAUUUUGGACUCCUCUACUAUGACAAUGCUGAGCAGAAGAACUGGCUGGAUCCUACCAAGGAAAUAAAAAGGCAAAUUAGAAGUUCUCCAUGGCAAUUUGUCUUUAAUGUCAAGUUCUAUCCACCAGAUCCCUCUCAGUUGACUGAAGACAUAACAAGAUACCAGCUGUGCCUUCAGCUCCGUCAGGAUAUUGCUUCUGGACGUCUUCCGUGUUCAUUUGUCACACAUGCAUUACUUGGUUCGCUCACGUUGCAGGCUGAGGUCGGAGAUUAUGAUGCCGAUGAGCAUAGCGCCGACUAUAUCAAUGACUUUCAGUUUGCACCCAACCAAACAAAGGAACUGGAAGACAAAGUUGUGGAGCUACACAAAAACCACAGAGGGCUUACACCCGCUCAAGCAGAUAUUACUUUCUUAGAAAAUGCAAAGAAAUUAUCAAUGUAUGGAGUGGAUCUGCAUCAUGCUAAGGACUCUGAAGGUGUGGAUAUAAUGCUUGGUGUUUGUGCAAAUGGACUGCUCAUUUAUAAAGACAGACUUCGAAUUAAUCGUUUUGCCUGGCCCAAGAUUCUGAAAAUUUCCUACAAGCGCAGCAAUUUUUUUAUUAAAGUGAGACCUGGGGAGCUGGAACAGUUUGAGAGCACCAUUGGGUUCAAACUGCCAAACCAUCGUGCUGCUAAGAGAUUGUGGAAAGUUUGUGUGGAGCAUCACACAUUUUACAGGCUCUCAUCUCCUGAACAGCCACCUAAAGCCAGGUUCUUGACUCUGGGAUCUAAGUUUCGGUACAGUGGUCGCACGCAGGCACAGACUCGAGAAGCAAGCACAAGAAUAGACAGACCGGCCCCUUAUUUUGAACGUACAUCUAGCAAACGUGUGUCCAGGAGUCUUGAUGGAGCUCCUAUUGGAAGCCUCACAGAUCAGAGCCUUCUGAAGCAUGUCCCUGUUUCUGGUGGAGUCAGUGCUGUUGAUGGUGUAGUGUCUGGACCAGAAGCUGCGACACGAGAAGCUCAGGAUGGAGUAUCAGUACCCAGUAUUCCAUCAGGGUUACCCAGUGAUACAAAGAGCAAGUCCUUGAGAGUACAAGGAGAAAAUAUUUAUGUGAGGCAUAGCAAUUUAAUGUUGGAGGAUCUGGAUAAAUCACAAGAUGACAUUUUGAAACAUCAGGCUAGCAUUAGUGAGCUCAAGCGCAGUUUCAUGGAGUCUACACCUGAGCCACGUCCCAACGAAUGGGAAAAACGCUGUAUCACUCCGUUACCUCUGCAGACACAAGGGAAACUUAUACCCAGAACAAGAGGGAUCCGCACAGGACUGAGUGAUGCUCUUGAGAACUCAGAUGAGAUAAAGAACGUAGUGGAGGAGGAAAUUCAGGCAGAUUCUGACUAUGCAAAUACAACUGUCAAGGAAGACCUCAAUGCUGGAAUAAAUGGAGAUAUUGAACACCAUAAUGAUGUCAAUGAAAAGGUGGCAGAAGUAAAAGAUCUGGAUAAAAAUGACACCCACUCAGUAUCUUCGUAUGAUAGCAGUAGUGAAAGUGAGAACGAAGAGGUAGAAUACAAAGCUGAAAGUAGAGCUUCUGAACAUGUCAUACCAGAAGAGUCAGAAGAAGGUGUAGAAGACGUGAAGGAACUUGAACCAGUUGAGGAGUCUCAGAUGAGUGAAGACCAUACUGUAACUUUAACAGUUACAGAAAUAAAAGAAAAGACUGAAAUUAUAUCCCAAGAAAUUACAGUUGGUACUUUUGAAAGAAAAGAGAAAGUUGAAGAAGAGCAUGAAGUUCUCAAAGAGCAGCAAAACAAAAUUAAUGGCGAUGUUUCUCACAUCGACGCUGAUGCUUCUGCCCAAAUUAUUUAUUGUUCAGAGCCUCCUGUGGUGAAAACAGAGAUGGUCACCAUUUCUAAUGCCACACAAAGGACUGAAAUUUCAACAAAAGAAGUCCCAAUAGUUCAAACAGAGACAAAAACCAUUACCUUCGAAUCUGCUCAGCUGGAAGGUGGUGGAGACAGUGAGCCAGGGAUUUUACUGAGUGCUCAGACAAUCACAUCUGAUUCCGUUCUAACCACUACAACCACACACAUCACAAAGACUGGAAAAGGUGGGAUAUCUGAAACGAGAAUCGAAAAACGUAUUGUGAUCAGUGGAGAUGCAGACAUUGACCAUGAUGAGGCAUUAGCACAAGCCAUAAAGGAAGCCAAAGAGCAACACCCGGACAUGUCUAUAACUCGUGUGGUAGUGCACAAAGAAACUGAGGUUACUGAAGAAGGGGAAGACGAUUAAUCAGAUGAGUAAAGUUCAAGGUUACAGCAUGAAGGAAUUUCUACCACACAACUGUGUCCUGCUGCUAAUGUUACGAAAGUUGUAACCAGGAUCGGCAAGCAUGACGGGACACCUGAAGGUUAAGAUGCCAACGUUCAACCUCAGCUUAACACCUGACUUGCUCUUUUUCACUCCUUUUCUGCUUGUUUAAUUUUUAUAACCACUUCCUAACAUUCAUAGCUUUAUAGUAGAGUUUUGUUUGCACAACUACUUUCUAUUUUUGUAAUUCUUGGUUGUAUGUUUGUGAACAAUAUCCUUUUAAAAAGAGAAAAAAACAAACAGACCUCUCAUCCGAGGAUGCCGAAAUCUGUGUAACAAAUGUAGUUUUCCCACUUUUUUUUUUUUUUCUUCUUUUAAACUUUUGUCUUAAUGGAAGCCUCUUUGUGAGGCCAUUUCCAUAUUUACAGAAUAUUCAGGUGAAGUAUAUGUUUAGAGAACAGCAUUUUUUGUACACAUUUCUUACAGUUUCCUCUUUCACGUUCAUUGGUGUUUUUUCUACCAGCACUUGUGUUUUAAAGGUUUACU